AUGCGGAAGUUGUUGUGGAUGUGAUGGCGGCCUGGGCGGGAUUCACCGAGCGGGAGCUCCGCCACAUGCAGGGACUGCCAGAAUCCCCACGUCCUGUGGAUCAGCCCCGCAAACCGCCCACUGCAGCAUUAAAUCGCCAACAGAUUCAGCGAAGGAAGGCUUUGCAGUCACAGACGGCACAACUGGCAAAGCAAGAUGGAGCCCUGUCUGCACCUUCAGACAUGCAGCUGUCCAGGCCAGCAGCCGUGCCUUCUCCAGCGCCUCCUGAUCCAGGUGACCAGCCGAAAUCUCCAUCUACGGGUCACUGUGCCAGCUUGGGGGCUACUGAAACCAAAACCGAGCCAGAUGAGCAGAUUGCGGAAAAGGAUGUGGAAUUGAGGGAGAAACCCCGACUCGGACAGCUCCAGCUGGAGCAGAGGUUAAUGGAAGAAAAGAAUAAGCGGAAAAAAGCUCUUCUUUCGAAGGCCAUUGCCGAGAGGUCCAAAAAAACUCAGGCAGAAACUUUGAAACUGAGGAGGAUCCAGAAUCAGCUCCAGGCUUUGGAUGACCUGGUGUCCACGGACAUUGGCAUUCUGCGGAACCGUAUUGAUCAAGCAUGCUUUGAGUUUGCACAAGCCAAGAAACGAUUUGAUAAAGCGGAAUCAGAGUACAUCUUGGCCAAACUGGAUUUGCACAAGAAGACUGAGCUGAAGGAACAGCUUACAGAACAUCUGUGCACCAUAAUCCAGGAGAACGAGGUGCGUAAAUCAAAGCGAUUGGAGGAACUUAUGAAACAACUAGAGGUUGAAACUGACGAGGAGAAGCUGGAACUGGAGAUUGAGGUGGAGCAGAUGUUGCAACGUCAAGAAGCCGAGGCACGAAAACAGUUAAUAGUGCCUGAAGCCGAACAGUCCACCAAACCUGGACCAGUAGAAGAAAAUAUUCCACCAGCGGUAGAGAAAGAACCCUCGGCUGUCCUUUUAAACCCAUCGAAUGACGGAGGUCAUAGUGCUACUCCAGAGACAAACCCUGCUCCUGAUGGAUAAGAACACAACUUUUUAGUAAAUCUAAACUACUUGAUUGACAAUCACGGUUGGUUGAUAUGUACUCCUAUAUGUACCCCUUCUUUACUCAUCGUAAGUCGGUGGCUGGGACACUUUUGUGUUUUAAGGUAAACUGACAUUUAUUUAAUUUAAUUUGAAUUAAACGGAUCACUCUAAGCAACGUAACUUUGCAUUAAUGUAAAGUUGAUGUUGCAUAUCGUAACUUCAUGCUUAGUAAUGCGAUGAUUUGUAAAUGAAAGAAAAAAAAUCCUUGCUAUAAGCCAAACCCCUCCAGAGCUUCCAAUGAAGCAGUGGAAAUUCUAUCUUCUGUGAUGCCUCUGUUUAAGGAACACCCCAGUGUUAACAAAUCCUAAAACUUGGGUGUUGGUAAAUCACCUGGGCCCCAUUCACCUCAUUCCCGUCCAUGGUAAAUAAAUGACCUCUAGUCUA